AUGGUUGUGUUGAAGUUUCUUGGAAUGGAUUUUAGCUGUGCGCUGGGAUCACUCAGCAGCGGUGAAUUCCCAGAAAAGGACUGUUUGCUUCCGUUGAUAUCAAAGCUUCUUGGUUACUGCAUCGUCGCAGCCUCUACCACUGUCAAACUCCCUCAGAUACUAAAAAUUUUGAAACACAAGAGCAUCAGGGGACUAAGUGUUGUGGCCUUCGAACUUGAGGUUGUUGGUUAUACCAUUGCUUUGGCAUAUUGUCUACACAAAGGGCUUCCAUUUUCCGCAUAUGGAGAGUUGGCAUUCCUUCUGGGCCAAGCCAUAAUUCUAGUUGCAAUCAUCUACUAUUUUUCUCAACCUAUGGGAACCAAGACAUGGAUCAGGGCAUUAAUGUACUGUGGUGUAGCGCCUACUAUCUUAGCCGGUCAAAUUGAUCCCCUUCUUUUCGAAGCCCUAUAUGCAUCGCAGCAUGCAAUAUUUUUCUUUGCAAGGGUUCCACAGAUUUGGAAAAACUUUAAGAACAAAAGUACUGGGGAGCUUAGCUUUUUGACCUCGUUAAUGAAUUUUGGAGGUUCCAUGGUGAGAGUUUUCACCAGCAUGCAAGAAAAGGCACCAAUUAGUGUCAUUCUGGGCUCUGUGAUUGGAAUCAUGACUAAUGGUACUAUCCUAAGUCAAAUAAUCCUAUACCAAAAGCCACCUGCAAAGAAAGAAAAUAAAACAGAUUAG